UCGGUCGCUGUGUGCCGAGUUGGGCGGACGUGGGGUGCGACAUCUUUCGAAGCGACACUUAGAGAGAGAGAGAGAGAGGACGAGCCACAUGUGUGAGUGCGAGGGAAACUAAAUGACUUGUUGAAUUGGACAGUGAUUAUUUUUUUUAAUCGGUAGACGAUUUAGUCGAAAAUGGAUUCGAGAUCGAUAUCGCCGGAUUCCGUCUUGCCCCGGGCGCAGAACGCGACUCUGGCCCCGCUGCCUCCCAGCACCACGUCGCCCAUGGACCUCAGCUACCCCGUCGUCUCCAAGCUCACCGCCAGCUCCCUCAGACACUGCGCCUCCGCUAACAGCAGUGCCACGUGCAGCAGUGCCGCCAGUGCCCGAUCCACCCACGACAGUGAAACCACCUCCACCACCUCCAGCAGUUCCUCAGCGGCGGAGGCGAGCGCGCUCUCCCCCGCGGCGACCACAGAAUCACAGCAGAGUCCCCCCGGGGAGGAGCCUCCGGGCCUCCACAGGGACACCAACACCCACAGCUGCAAGCCCCACGGCGCCCGCCACACGCCCUUCUCCGUCGUGGACAUCCUCGACCCCAACAAGUUCGUGGGCCGCGUGCAGGUCACGUCGAGCGAGGUCACCUCCUCCAUCGACGACUCGCAGCUCCACGCCGCCGCCUCGGCCGCCUGUGAUUCCGACUCCGAGCUGAGCGUGGGCGGCGGCGGCAGCGACGAGGGCGGCGAGGACGCCUGCGACGAGGACGAGGGCGGCAAGGAGGGCGGCGGCGCCCCCAAGAAGCGGCGCUGCGACAGCGGGGGCGGCAAGCCCCGACGGGCGCGCACGGCCUUCACCUACGAGCAGCUGGUGGCGCUGGAGAACAAGUUCAAGCACACGCGGUACCUGAGCGUGUGCGAGCGCCUGAACCUGGCCCUGGCGCUCAACCUGACGGAGACGCAGGUCAAGAUCUGGUUCCAGAACCGCCGCACCAAGUGGAAGAAGCAGAACCCCGGGUGCGACGUCAACACGCCCACGCAGCCGCCCAGCCCGCCCGAUAUGCUGUCCUACCCCGGGGGAUUCCUGCCGCACCCGGGCCCGCCGCUCCUGUGCCCGCGCCGCUGGCCUACCUCGGGGCCACGCGCCGCCCACCACCACCUCCUUCCCCGCCCAGGGCGCCCUCACCGCUCUCUACCUCCACCACCUCAAGAACUGACACACCUCACGCCGCUAGUCACGCCCGCGCCCCUCGUCGCGGGCGCCAGUGGCACGAGCUGUUCCUCGGGCAUCGGGCGGGCACGCGCGCGAGUGGGCGCAGGACGCUCUCCUACGCCCGUCCACGCGCCCCGCCUCUCCCAGGGCGCCCACGGCCACGCCCAAAUAACCUCGUGGACGAUACCAAAGCGCAUGUCUGUAUAUUCCAGUGUGUAA